AUGUCUCCAUCCGCAAUUCGGAAUGGCGAUGCCCAAACACCGCCAUUAGCUCAACAACCUCUCGCUAGCGAUAUCGAGCCAACGACAGAUGCGCCUGUGCUCCCGGAGCAACCGACAGAGGUCAGAUCAACACAACCGCCAGCUGACCAUCACUGGCGCAUAACGCUCGAAGACCAAAUAAUCGCCAUCACUGGUGCCAAUCGGGGGAUCGGCCUCGGAAUCGCAGAAGUCUGUCUAGCAAACGGCGCCGCGGCCGUCUACAGCCUCGACCUAUUCGAGCCCAGCGAAGAAUUCUUCGCCCUGUCCAAAAAGAACUCGCAGCGCCUACGGUACGUCAAAUGCGACGUCACCUCGGAGCCCUCCGUCUCCGCCGCCAUCGAGAGCAUCAUCGCGCAAUCCGGCGCGCUGCACGGCAUGGUUGCCAACGCCGGCAUGACCAAGCACCAGCCCGCACUGAAUUUCACGUCGGCGCAACUCGACCAACUCUUCAACCUCAACGUCUUCGGUGCCUACCACUGCGCCACCGCAGCGGCUCGCGCCUUUAUCCGACUCGGCGUCAAGGGCAGCAUCGUCUUCACAUCAUCCAUGACAUCGUACCGGCCGAACCGUGCUGCGCCCAGCGCGCCCUACGGCGCCACCAAGGCGGCCGUACGCAACAUGACGCACACGCUGGCCAUGGAGUGGGCGGGCCACGGCAUCAGGGUCAAUAGCGUCAGCCCUGGCUUUGUGCGUACGGCCAUGACGUACCAUCUUGAGAGAAGCAGUGACUGGGCGGAUAAGAUGCGUUACUAUGGUGGGAUGCCGCGGCUCGCGGAGCCGAAGGAGUUGGGGGGCGCGUAUGUGUAUCUGCUCUCGCAAGGUGCUAGUUACACGACGGGGAUUGAUAUUCCUGUGGCGGGUGUCGUGGGGGCUUGGUGA